CUUUACUCACAGACAAGCCUCCCAAGCCAUUGUUCCCCAUGGAGAAUCAGCCAAGUGUUAUAGAUGUCCAGCUGGGUAAACCUCUGAACAUCCCUUGCAAAGCAUUCUUUGGAUUCAGUGGAGAGUCUGGACCAAUGAUCUACUGGAUGAAAGGGGAGAAGUUUAUUGAAGAACUGGCAGGUCACAUUAGAGAAGGUGAAAUAAGGCUCCUCAAAGAGCAUCUUGGAGAAAAAGAAGUUGAGUUGGCACUCAUCUUUGAUUCAGUGGUGGAGGCUGACCUGGCAAAUUAUACCUGCCAUGUGGAAAACCGAAAUGGACGGAAACAUGCCAGUGUUCUGCUGCGUAAAAAAGAUUUAAUCUACAAAAUUGAGCUUGCAGGAGGCCUGGGGGCAAUCUUCCUCCUCCUUGUACUGUCCCUGGUCAUCUACAAGUGCUACAACAUUGAAUUAAUGCUCCUCUACCGACAGCAUUUUGGAGGUGAUGAAACUACUGAUGACAACAAAGAAUAUGAUGCCUACCUUUCUUACACAAAAGUGGACCAAGAUACUUUAGACUGUGACAAUCCUGAAGAAGAGCAGUUUGCUCUUGAAAUACUGCCAAAUGUCCUGGAAAAACACUAUGGAUAUAAACUCUUCAUCCCAGAAAGGGACCUCAUUCCAAGUGGAACAUACAUUGAAGAUCUCACAAGAUGUGUUGAGCAAAGCAGAAGACUUAUUAUCGUGCUAACUCCAGACUAUAUUCUCAGACGAGGAUGGAGUAUUUUCGAAUUGGAAAGCAGACUCCAUAACAUGCUAGUCAGUGGAGAAAUCAAAGUGAUUUUUAUUGAGUGUACAGAAUUAAAAGGGAAGGUGAAUUGCCAGGAAGUGGAAUCACUAAAGCGCAGCAUCAAACUUCUGUCCAUGAUCAAGUGGAAGGGACCCAAAAGCAGCAAAUUAAAUUCUAAGUUUUGGAAGCACUUAGUAUAUGAAAUGCCUAUCAAGAAAAAAGAAAUGCUUUCUCGGUGCCAUGCUCUGGACUCUGCAGAGCAAGGACUUUUUAGAGAACUCCAGCCUAUACCCUCAAUUGCCAUGACCAGUACCUCGGCCUCUCUCGUAUCAUCUCAAGCUGAUCUCCCUGAUUUCCACCAUUCCGAUUCAAUGCAAAUGAGGCACUGUUGCAGAGGGUAUAAACACGAGAUGACAACCACCACCUUGCCAGUACCUUCCUUAGGCAACCACCAUACUUAUUGUAACCUGCCUCUGACGCUACUCAAUGGACAACUACCCCUUAAUAAUGCCCUGAAAGAUACCCAAGAAUUUCAUAGGAACAGUUCUCUUCUACCUUUAUCAUCCAAAGAGCUUAGCUUCACCAGUGAUAUCUGGUAAUGAAAAAUCUGAAGUCCCCUGAACCUCUAUUUUAGCAUACAAAAUUUCUGCCAUAUCAAGCAUAAAGGACACCUAGUAACACCGAGGUGCUGAAAGUGUGUUCGAGGAAAAAGGCAUAGGAAUCACUUUUGUACUUUAAUUCUUUUGGUUUACAUUUCCAAAAUAGUGGGGGUGGGGCGCGAGGACCUGCUUUUGUAGUACAGCACCUUGUUCCAAUGUACAGUUUUGAUUUCUACCUGAAAAGAAAAAAUUUUAAAUCCUAUUGUUUUAGAGUAGAUUUUAUGAUAACACUUGGACUGCAAGCUUAGUCGGUUAGUUAUCCAUAUUUAUGAAUAUUUUAGUAUUUACAUGGUUUUUGAAAUAAGGAAAACUUAAAGACUUUCAUUGAAUUUGAAAUUUACAAACUAAGUUUAAUGGGAAAAGAGAACUUCUAUAGAGUAACUGAAAAAUGGGAAUUAUCAAACAAGAAGUGUUGAGGCACCCCAAUUGGAAGAUUGUUUGUAGAGGAAGAUCAGUUAAGAAAAGAAUGUGGUUGAAACAUUUAGAACGUCUUCAACGUAAUGGACAACUUCUGUAGAUUAAAUCAGCAGCUCAUAAUGACAGCUUUUAGUUUUAUGAGGCAAGGACAACUUCUGUAGGCAAACUAGUAAGUAGGUAAACAAUGUGCAUUUCUUAAGCAAAUGAAUAGACACGCUAUUACUUCUUUUAGGAUGAUUUUGAAAAAAAUCUUCAUAGCUUUCUAGUCUAUUUCAAACGUUUUACACAUUUGAAAACACAUUUUAAGGUAUGCAUUUUAGUGUUUAUUAACACAAUCACAUUUGGAUUUUUUUCCAAAUGAUCCCUUGACCUGCUUUAGGCGAAGAUGUGAGCAUCUUCUUCCUUUUUGUCAGCAUCGUUGGAGUUUCGAUUUAAAUAUUGACUGCAAGUGUCAGCAGUAGAAAAGAAGUAAAACAACAAUAUUCACAGAUGAAGUGCUAAAUGAUUCAAAUUUACUAGUGGUAUAGCAGCAGUUACAAUGAUCCUCUUCUGAAAUGUAAUUGUGAAACAGACUAUUCUGUACAUACACAAUAUCUGCUUGGCUGUGUGUGCAAGACACCUGCAGAAGUAUCUCUAUUCCUGGUGCUUCAAAGAGUAUAUUUUAUGGACUAACCUUCUCCACCCUCACAUUGUGACUGUGACUGUGCCAUACCAGAAAAUCCCUGUGAAUAAUCUAAAAUAUUAUGAAUUUGGUGUAAGGCAUGUACCCCUAUUCUAAUACUUAUUGUGGAUUACUACUUUACGUUCUUUCCAAUUAAUCUGUUUUGGUGUGUCCUCUAUCAAGAUGCCUGUGGGGGUCAAAUGUGAGUCAAGAUUGAGUCUGGCAUUUUACAAAUGGUUCUUAAAUCAUGUUUCUUAACAAAUAUAAACAAGGACAAAUGUACACAGUGUAUAAAAAUUAAGAAUUUGCCCCACCCUUGUAAGUGUGAAACUCAGUAUAUAAAAAAACAUUAGAUAAUAUGUUUUGAUUAUUUCUUUCAACUUCUUCACACUAUUAAUUUCCUGUGAUCCAUGGGUUUUGUUCAAAUUACUUGUUUCUCUGUUGCUUUUCUAUAUCCAUCAGCUCAGAAUAUGCAUUAUGCACCAACAGUAUGUGGAAUCUUAGCAGUGAUACAUGUUCAUUUCACAGUGAGACAAUUAGUUGCUCCUUUGAAAAGUCCUGUUCAACACACUUAAAGUGUUUCAUAGAUGUAUUUUUUCCACUGACAAAGCUGAUUUUGCUUGUGUAAAAACUAUAGGUAUUUCAAAAUGGAAAUUGAUCAAUUCUGAACUGUUUCCCAAGUGUUAUAAAGUUGUAUUUAGUUUCAUUAUUCUUUAAUGAUAUGUGUAAUUACUAAGUUAAU